AUGAGCCGGAGUGGCGGAGCCGGGCGGCCCGCGGCCGCGCUCACCGGCCCGGGACGCUUCCGCAUGGCCCGCGAGGAGCCGGCGCCGGCGGCGGUGGUGGCAGCCGGGCGGCCCCGGGGCGGCCGGGGCGGCGAGCGCGAGCGCGAGCGGGCGCUGCAGGGGCCGGGGGUCGCCCGCAGGGGGCGGCCGUCGCUGAGCCGCGCUAAACUGCACGGGCUGCGGCACAUGUGCGCGGGGCGUGCGGCGGCGGGGGGCUCCUUCCAGCGGCGGGCGCUGUGGGUGCUGGCCUUCUGCACGUCCCUCGGCUUGCUGCUGUCCUGGUCCUCGAACCGCCUGCUCUACUGGCUCAGCUUCCCGUCGCACACGCGGGUGCACCGCGAGUGGAGCCGCCAGCUGCCCUUCCCCGCCGUCACCGUGUGCAACAACAACCCGCUGCGCUUCCCGCGCCUCUCCAAGGGGGACCUCUACUACGCCGGCCACUGGCUCGGGCUGCUGCUGCCCAACCGCACGGCGCGCCCGCUGGUCAGCGAGCUGCUGAGGGGGGACGAGCCGCGCCGCCAGUGGUUCCGCAAGCUGGCCGACUUCCGCCUCUUCCUACCGCCGCGCCACUUCGAGGGCAUCAGCGCCGCCUUCAUGGACCGCCUGGGCCACCAGCUCGAGGACAUGCUGCUCUCCUGCAAGUACCGCGGCGAGCUCUGCGGGCCGCACAACUUCUCCUCCGUGUUUACAAAAUAUGGGAAGUGUUACAUGUUUAACUCAGGCGAGGAUGGCAAACCUCUGCUCACAACAGUCAAGGGGGGGACAGGCAACGGGCUGGAGAUCAUGCUGGACAUUCAGCAGGAUGAGUACCUGCCCAUCUGGGGAGAGACAGAGGAAACGACGUUUGAAGCGGGCGUGAAGGUUCAGAUCCACAGUCAGUCUGAGCCGCCUUUCAUCCAAGAGCUGGGCUUUGGGGUGGCACCAGGGUUCCAGACUUUCGUGGCCACACAGGAGCAGAGGCUCACAUACCUGCCCCCGCCGUGGGGCGAGUGCCGGUCCUCGGAGAUGGGACUCGACUUCUUUCCUGUUUACAGCAUCACUGCCUGUCGGAUUGACUGUGAGACCCGCUACAUCGUGGAGAACUGCAACUGUCGCAUGGUCCACAUGCCAGGGGAUGCCCCUUUCUGUACCCCUGAGCAACACAAGGAGUGUGCAGAGCCUGCCCUAGGUCUGCUGGCGGAAAAGGACAGUAAUUACUGUCUCUGCAGGACACCCUGCAACCUGACCCGCUACAACAAAGAGCUCUCCAUGGUGAAGAUCCCCAGCAAGACGUCAGCCAAGUACCUCGAGAAGAAAUUUAACAAAUCAGAAAAAUAUAUCUCAGAGAACAUCCUCGUCCUGGAUAUAUUUUUUGAGGCUCUCAAUUAUGAGACCAUUGAACAGAAGAAGGCGUACGAAGUUGCUGCCUUACUUGGUGAUAUUGGUGGUCAGAUGGGAUUGUUUAUUGGUGCUAGUAUCCUUACAAUACUAGAGCUCUUUGAUUAUAUUUAUGAGCUGAUCAAAGAGAAGCUAUUAGACCUGCUUGGCAAAGAAGAGGAGGAAGGGAGCCACGAUGAGAAUGUGAGCACUUGUGACCCGAUGCCAAACCACUCCGACACCAUCAGCCACAGUGUGAACGUGCCCCUGCAGACGGCCCUGGGGACCUUGGAGGAGAUUGCCUGCUGACAGCCCUCCGACCGCCCGGCACCCCCCAGACAGACCUUGAGGCCCAGGACCAGAGCAGGGGACGGCAGGCUCAGGUGGGAUGGCCCCUGCCGACCGACGGAAAGAAGCAAGAGCCCCCUAUGCACACAUAGCAAACUCUCUGUCAAAACCUCGCUCCAGCCUCGUCUGGCACAACGCGUCCUCAGGCCCUGCUGCCGCACAUCCGUCCCUCUUAGGAGAAGUGAGUCACGCUCUGGAACUGUCCGAGAACCGACCUGCCAUCACAUCUCACUGCCAGAUGUAAAAAGCAACUGCAUGCUCUGAGUCCUCACGGCACCGCCUCCACGUCUGUCUCUGUACUUGACACUCCUCCCUGCGGUUUCCAGCAGUCCCUCUGCAGCUGUGCAGGGGGACCAGGUUCCAGCCCCAAAGUCACCACGAGGCCACGCUGGAAUCACACCUGCACGAUCAAGAGGGAAACCGCAGAACUCGACGACGUCCGGUCCUUGUGUAGUUUGUGAAGGUUCUUAACCUGCCCACAAAGCCCUCCCCCACCUCCCCAAGCCGGCCCACAGGGUGAUCAGGGCCACCCCCAUCCCCUCCACAGCGGCCUGGGGGACUCAUCCGCGCUGCCCAUGUCAUUCUGCUCUCCCUGUGACACGGCUUGUACAGUCUGAUUCUGUUUCUUUGGGGGGCUUUUUUUUUGUCUGUCUGUCUGUCAGAGAUCUGUUUCAUUUCAUUUUCUGAAUUUGGGUUUUGAUGUCC